AUGGCAACUACUCAGCUGACUGAGUUUCCAUCGCUUAGCGAUAGCCGCCUACCAUCAAGCGAACUAGACAAGCAGAUCUUGUCGGAACUCAAGAGUGUUUGGGAUGAACACUCGGACACGUGGGACGAGGAAACCAAGCGAGAGCUCGUUGAUCACAUCCUCAAAGGAUACACCAAAGUCACAAAGUCGAACCAGAUUCACCCAAGCUGCCAUCGCCUCUGGAAAGCUGACCACCCGACCUUCGCCAGAUGGGUAGUUCUCCGAGUCACUUACGACGAGGACAAACUCUCAACGCCCAGAGAAUGGCUUCGACAUAAAUACGAAAACUUCGACCCCCAGUCUUGGGCAAGCCCUGUGUCCAAGAAGCCAUCAAACGCCCCAGGAACUAGAUGGGAAAGUGUGUCUUCCUCAGAGGAGGACCUUGGGACAUUUGGGAAGUCUCAGGAACCCAAGUCUCUUCUGUCGGCUGAGGUUAUGGAGAUCUGUGACAACGAGAGCGAUUAUGACAAAACCCACGGCGACGGGACUUAUAAAGACGACCACCACGACAACAGUGAUCAAGACGAAACAAAUGACAAGGCGAUAACCCGAAGUAGAUUCAAGGCGGUGAACGUUCCUGAGCCCGGCCGAGAACUAUCACGAAAGCGUGGAACUUCUAAUGCUUCUGUAAAUCUCCGUACAAAGCUGCAGAAGACAGACUCCCUCAGAACUCCAUCAUCAACUGAGGAAGCCAAUCUACCCGAGUCCUCCGAUCAAUCAACGGCACACACAGCCGAUAUCCAGGCUCACUCUCGUCCUCUGCAGUGGAAAGCUAAGCUCCAGGAGCUUAGAUUACCUGUGCGUGGUACGCAUCAAAGCCAGCCCGCACUCAACCUCGGGGCUUCGGCUGGUGGUCAGGCCUAUUUAUCGCCUAAUCCGACAGUGGUUUCUUUCACGCAAAGCUCUGAUGAUCAAAAUGACUUUCUAUCAUCUACAGCUCCUCGCCAGUGGGCUAGAAGUCAAGAACGAAGCUCACGCCCGAGUGCUCCUGUUAUUUCUUAUGAGAAGGUCGAUGUAGACCCUAGAGAUCGUAUCUUGUAUCGAGGGCACUCAACUCAAAGCGACCAUGUGAGAGCCAAGUUUGAGCUGGUAGACCACCGUUCUGGAGACUCUGGCGCUUCAACACAGCGUCUGCCGCGGUCACUCGAGUGCAGAGACAACACUUCCACUAUGGCUCCCCAGGGUUCCUUUGACUCUUUCGUGUUCUCAUCGAGUUCUCAUGCAAAAGAACAGCCGCGAACUGGAGAAUCGCUUCAUCUUCCUCUCACCCACAGUGAGACUCUCGAAAGUCCAGGGAACGUCUCCACUCAACAGCCAUCUGGUCUUCAACAACUCCCUCUUGACGACCCGAAUGAGCCAUCUUGGUUCCGACAAUUCAGAACACAGUAUUAUUCUGACCAAGAGAAGACCCGCAAACAAAUUGCAUACGAGAUAAAACGAGAGGUUACAGGUAUCGUUUUCGAGGCAGUAUUAGAUCUGAUCCAGCCGCUAAGCAAUUCUAUCACUCAGUGUGUGGACGCUCUCGCAAAGCACAAGGCCAACGCCGUAGGAGUAACAGAGCACAUCGAACAGGCAGUUUCGGCGGCCCAGGAUCUCAGAGACAUGAAACAGAUCCUCAACAGCAUCGUGGACACAAGUCGGCUGCAGCUAGAGACAUCCCAGAGGGAGGGAGCAGCAAUCCAGGGGCGGCUGCUGCCAGUCAUAACUGAACACCGGAAGGAUAUAAACAAUCUUGUGCAACGUGCAACAUCAAUUGAGGAACGCACAACAGAUGUCGAGGAGUAUCUGGAGCUUCAGCUCGCCGACGAGGGUGGCCAUUCAGCCCACAACGCUCCGCAGGGAAAUGAGAACGAGCAUCAUACGUUUGGCAAUCAUGAGGGUACGGGACGAUAUUAA